CGAAGACUUGAGAAGUUGUCUCGUGAUCAACUCUUUCUCAAGCUUCUAUCUCUCCCAGUCCUUAAUGACUGGAAAGAGAUACAGAAAGACUCCAGCCUUUGCUUUCUUCUGCUAUGACCGUUUCCAUGGAGAUUCUGAACCUAUAGCGGUUGCGAAUAACCUUCCCAGUCUCUUUUUCUAGGAGACAGAUAUUCAUUUUUGGGCAUCAGGAGGAUUCAUCAGUCAUGCCAGGAGCAAAUUUACAACCCUCCAGUGAAGGAGUAUACUUGACAAAAUCUCUUAUUGUCCAAAGGAAUAUGCCAGUACCAGUGGAGAAAGAGGAUCCAGAGAAGAUAUCUGAAGCUCUGGCUUCUCUACAGGUCGUACGGCUAGAUAGGGAGAAAAUUAGCUGCAUUGCCAACCUGCCAGAUUUAAAGCAUGUCCAUAGCAUCUAUUUACAACAGAAUCAAAUAAAGAAAAUUGAAAACUUAAAUUGCUUUCCAAACUUGAAGUUUUUGUCAUUAUCUGGAAAUUACAUCAACAAAGUACAGAACCUCCAAUCUCUCCUCAAGCUGAAGUUUCUGGAUCUUUCACAGAAUUGCAUUGAUACUUUAGACAUAGAUGAGCUGCCCCUGAACCUUGCAAUCCUUGACCUGACUGGAAAUAAGUGCAGGAAUCAAAAAGGCUAUAGGGAGUGUGUGUUGGCAGCUCUGCCCCAUCUGAUAGAACUGGACAACAAAGCCAUCUCAAAGCAGAAAAUCAUACUCCAGAACAAUGAAGAGGAAGAAAAUAGCUCAGAAGAGAGUGAUUAUGAGGACUGUCCAGAGCUCUUUCAGCCAUUGAGCACAGAAAAAGACUUCUUUGUUGAUCUCCAUAAUGAAUUCAGUAGCCGCUCAGCUCAGCGGAGAGAGACAGCAAUGAGGGAACACGAAACCCGUCUGGAAGAGCUGAGGCAGCGACAGAAUCUGAGGCAGCUUGUGUUCAGCACCAGUGAAGGUGAACCCCUAAGUUUACCAGAAUCAGGAUCUCCAGUUCUAACCAAUUUAUCUCAAACUGAGAACAGUAUGGUUUUGAAUCCAUCACCACAAAGAAUAGUGAUUCCAGAAGUUGAUGCAGGACUGAACAUUCCAAAGGAAAAACACGAAGGCACCAAGACCCAGCAGAAAAUAUCAAAAGGGAAAAUAUCUAGUACAGCUAAAACUGCAAACAAGAACAUAAGAAAAUGAUAUUUUGUUGAAACACUAUUUUACUUAUAUAAUUUUUAUCUUAUCAAACAAAUAUACUUCAUUUGUGAAGCAUUGCCCAUUUUUAAAAUAAACAAGACAUUAUGAACUGUUGGAGGUUGAUUGAUUGCCAGUCAAAAAACUAGAAAAAUGCAGAGUCUGCACAGUAACUUUCAAGAAACACUUCUAUUGAGAAAAGGGAGGGGCAGGAAAUUAAUAGCAGGUAUACUCAUCCCUCUGAAAUUUUCUUUCUAGUGAAAUAUAAUGAGCUUUUCUGUGCUUUAUAUUUGUAGCAUAGAUGUACACCAAUGAAUACUAAUUUAUCUUUGAGGCAACAAAAGGCCCCAAGGAAAAUACUGAAUUAUAAAAUUGCACCUAGAAAUGUUUAUUAGGAAAUUCUAAACCUACUAGCAAAACUUGGUUAGGAACUAAAAUUAUUUACAUAUAUCUGAACCCAAAUGUUUGCAUGUGCCUUUCAGUGGGAUUACAUGAAUUCGUAUUUUUCCAGUCAAGUUUAAUGUGUAUAAUAGAGGCAAAUUACAAAGCAUUUAAACUUACAGAUAGCCAUAAAAUUUCUAUAUUUGGCCCUGAAAUGUCUGGUAUGAGAUUAUAUACUUUAAUUGAGAAAGUAACUGCUCCAAACUUUCUUCUCAGGGAAAACUAGAAAAGAGUUUGAAAGUUGAACCAGUAGAAAACUUUUGUUUCUUUGCAGUUCUAAGCUAUUUCACACUUAUUGCUAUAUUGGGUUUUUUAUAUAAAAGAGUUUGUUGAAACCACCAUAGGUUAAUCCUGUAAAAAGCCAUAGUGUACUAUGCUAAUAAAGCUGUUUGUUUCACUUUGGCA